AAAGAAGUGUAAGUUUUUAGACACAACAAUACCACUCUCUUCUUCAAAAAGAUCCAAGGAUCAUGUCGUUCGCUAAUGGAUCGGCCGCUCCGGUCAUCACACGCCCCUCUUUUCCUCGCUUGGCCAGCAACCACGGCAGACCAAACGGUCUCCCCGCUCCCCUCGCCACCUUCACCCCCAUCAAAGACGACAACUCUCCUCCUGCCACUCACAAUGCCGUUCUCGAGCUCAGCGAUGGUUCCUCCUUCGAGGGUAUCAGCUUUGGUGCAGAAGGCAAGAGCGUCGCAGGAGAAUGCGUCUUCCAGACCGGUAUGGUCGGAUACACCGAGUCCUUAACGGAUCCGUCAUACGAGGGCCAGAUCUUGGUCCUCACAUACCCACUCAUCGGCAACUACGGUGUACCCACUCGCCCCAAAUCCGAGGACGUGUUCCCUGAAAAUUUCGAGUCCUCGCGCAUCCAUGUCGCCGCCCUCGUCGUCGGAUCGUACACCGAGGACUAUUCCCACUUCCUCGCCGACUCAUCGCUCGCUGCCUGGCUCAAAGAAAACGACAUCCCCGCCAUCUUCGGCGUCGACACCCGCGCACUCACCAAGAGGAUCCGCGAAAAGGGCUCCAUGCUUGCCCGCAUCAUGGCUCGCAAGAGCGACGCCAGAAGUCGUACGGUGUCCCUAGAUGCGACUAGGACCCCGGCUGGCUCGCGCCCGCCCUCGCCGCCCGCGUCUACCUCGUGGAGAGAGGACUACACGGUCGUGCCCUUCCACGAUCCGAACCAGGACAACCUCGUCGCUGCCGUGUCGAUCAAGAAGCCCCGUGUGUACGCGGCUCGGGGCACCCCACGGAAGCACCCGUCUGGGCGACCACUAAGGGUGGUCGCCGUCGACGUCGGGAUGAAGUACAACCAGAUCCGGUGCUUCGUCGAGCGCGGCGUCGAACUCAAGGUCGUCCCGUGGGACUACGACUUUACCAGCGACCCCGAGCCGUACGACGGGCUCUUCCUCUCGAACGGCCCGGGUGACCCGUCGACGAUCAAGACCACCGUCGAUCGCCUCAGGGGAGUUCUCGAGAAGGGCGACAAGCCCGUGUUCGGUAUUUGUCUCGGGCACCAGCUCCUCGCACUCGCGGCUGGCGCGAAGACGAGCAAGAUGAAGUACGGCAACCGCGGGCACAACAUUCCGUGCACGGACGCGCUCUCGGGCCGGUGCUACAUCACGAGUCAGAACCACGGGUACCAGGUCGACGCGGACACACUACCCGCAGGGUGGAAGGAGCUGUUCCGAAACGCGAACGACGAGAGCAACGAGGGGAUCUACUGCGAGGACCGCCCGUUCUUCUCCGUGCAGUUCCACCCCGAGUCGACGCCCGGUCCGCGGGACACCGAGUUCCUGUUCGACGUGUUCAUCCGGCGCGUCGAGGACUGCGCGUCCGUGGGCGCGCUCAACGCGCCGCCGCUGACGCUGCCGGGCGGGCGCAAGGAGGACAACGACAAGCGGGUGCCGCGAGCGAAGGUGCAGAAGGUGCUCAUCCUCGGCUCUGGCGGGCUGUCGAUCGGGCAGGCGGGCGAGUUCGACUACUCGGGCUCGCAGGCGAUCAAGGCGCUCAAAGAGGAGGGCAUCUACACGAUCCUCGUGAACCCCAAUAUCGCGACGAUCGCGACGUCCAAGGGGCUCGCGGACAAGGUGUACUUUUUGCCGGUGACGCCCGAGUUUGUGCGCAAGAUUAUUGCGUAUGAGAAGCCGGACGGGAUAUAUGUGACGUUUGGCGGGCAGACGGCGUUGAAUGUGGGGAUUAAGCUGAGGGACGAGUUCGAGGGGAUGGGCGUGCAGGUGCUCGGGACGCCGGUGGAGACGAUUAUUACGACGGAGGACAGGCAGCUGUUUGCGCAGGCGAUGGAGAGCAUCGGGGAGCGGUGUGCGCAGAGUGCGACGGCGACGACGCCCGACGAGGCUGUGAGCGCGGCGAACGCGAUUGGGUUCCCGGUGAUUGUACGCGCGGCGUAUGCGCUUGGCGGGUUGGGAUCGGGGUUUGCGCAGGACGAGGCGCAGUUGAGGGCGUUGUGCAGUAAGGCGUUUGCGACGAGCCCGCAGGUGCUGGUGGAGAAGAGUAUGAAGGGGUGGAAGGAGAUCGAGUAUGAGGUUGUGCGGGAUUGUAGGGAUAAUUGUAUCACGGUUUGUAACAUGGAGAACUUCGAUCCGCUGGGCAUCCACACGGGCGACUCGAUCGUUGUUGCGCCGUCGCAGACGCUGUCGGAUGCGGACUACAAUAUGCUGCGGACGACGGCGAUUAAUGUUAUUCGGCACUUGGGUGUCGUCGGCGAGUGCAAUAUCCAGUAUGCGCUCAACCCGACGUCGCGCGAGUUCUGCAUCAUCGAGGUCAACGCCCGCCUCUCGCGCUCCUCCGCGCUCGCCUCGAAAGCGACCGGCUACCCGCUCGCGUUCAUCGCGGCGAAGCUCGGGCUCGGUAUCCCGCUGAACGAGAUCAAGAACUCGGUGACGAAGCUGACGUCCGCGUGCUUCGAGCCGUCGCUCGACUACUGCGUUGUCAAGAUCCCGCGGUGGGACCUGAAGAAGUUCAGCCGCGUGUCGAGGCUGCUGAGCAGCAGCAUGAAGUCCGUGGGCGAGGUGAUGGCCAUCGGGAGGAGCUUCGAGGAGACGAUUCAGAAGGCGAUUAGGGCGAUUGAUGAUUCGUUCCUUGGGUUUUCGAACAACGACUUUGUGGAGGAUAUUGACGAGGAGUUGGUUAAUCCGACGGAUAAGCGCAUCUUUGCGAUCGCGAGCGCGUUCCAUAGGGGCUACAGCGUCGACAAGAUCUGGCAGAUGACGAACAUCGACAAGUGGUUCCUCACGAAGCUGCAGUAUGUGCACAGGAUGGAGAAGCAGCUUUUGAAUGUGAACAUUUCUACGCUUCGUCCCGACCUUCUUCGCAGCGCCAAGCAACUUGGUUUCUCCGACAAGCUAAUUGCCACCUGUCUUGGCUCCACCGAGCUGGCUGUGCGUCGGCUGCGCCAGGAGGCCAGUAUCGCGCCGUACGUCAAGCAGAUCGACACUGUCGCGGCUGAGUUCCCGGCGUUCACCAACUACCUUUAUACGACGUAUAACGCCGUCGAGCACGAUAUCGACUUCGAGGACCGGGGUGUCAUGGUGCUUGGCUCGGGCGUGUACCGUAUCGGCUCGUCUGUCGAGUUCGACUGGUGCGCGGUGCGCGCGAUCCGCACGCUGCGCGAGCAGGGCUUCCCGACGGUGAUGGUGAACUACAACCCGGAGACGGUCAGCACGGACUACGACGAGGCGGACAAGCUGUACUUUGAGAACAUCAGUCUCGAGACGAUCCUCGAUAUCUACGACACGGAGCGGUCGCGCGGUGUUAUCCUGUCCAUGGGCGGGCAGACGCCGAACAAUAUUGCGCUGCCGCUGUUCCGCCAGAACGUCAAGAUCUACGGGACGUCGCCCGAGAUGAUCGAUACGGCGGAGAAUAGGUUCAAGUUCUCGCGUCUGCUUGACGAGAUCGGGGUGGACCAGCCGCAGUGGAAGGAGCUGACGAGCUUCGAGGAGGCGCACACGUUCUGCAAUGCGGUCGGGUACCCUGUGCUCGUCCGGCCGUCGUAUGUCCUCUCGGGCGCCGCGAUGAACGUCGUGUCCACCCGCGACGACCUCUCGAACUACCUCACCCAGGCGACGGCCGUGUCGCGCGAGCAUCCGGUUGUCAUCACCAAGUACAUCGAGCAGGCGAAGGAGAUCGAGAUGGACGCGGUCGCCAAGGACGGCAAGAUGAUCAUGCACUUUAUCUCGGAGCACGUCGAGAACGCGGGCGUGCACUCGGGCGACGCGACGCUCAUCCACCCGCCGCAGGACCUCGACCCGACGACGGUGCGCCAGAUCGAGGAGGCGACGGCGAAGAUCGGGAACGCGCUGAACGUGACGGGCCCGUUCAACAUCCAGUUCAUCGCGAAGAACAACGAGAUCAAGGUGAUCGAGUGCAACCUGCGCGCGGCGCGCUCGUUCCCGUUCGUGAGCAAGGUCACCGGGAUCGACGCGAUCGAGAUGGCGACCAAGGUGAUGCUCGGGCUCCCCGUGGAGCCGUACCCCGAUGCGGGGAUGCCCGCGGACUACGUAGGCGUGAAGGUACCGCAGUUCAGCUUCAGCCGGCUGUCGGGCGCGGACCCGGUGCUGGGCGUCGAGAUGGCGUCGACGGGCGAGGUGGCGUGUUUCGGGAAGGACAAGUAUGAGGCGUAUCUCAAGGCGCUGAUUUCGACGGGGAUUGUGCCGCCCGAGAAGAAUAUUUUGUUCUCGGUUGGGAGUUAUAAGGAGAAGCUGGAGCUGUUGCCGUCUGUGCAGAAACUCGCUGCGGCGGGGUACAAUAUCUUUGCGACGGCGGGGACGUCGGACUUCUUGACGGAGCAUAAUGUUCCAUGCAAGUACCUGGAGUCGCUCGACGAGACCGGAGGCGACAAGUUGAAGUCAGAGUACUCGCUCACGCAGCACCUGGCCAACAACCUCAUCGACAUGUACAUCAACCUGCCAUCGAAGAACAACUACCGCCGCCCCGCGAGCUACACGAGCAAGGGCUACAAGACGCGGAGGAUGGCCGUCGACUUUGCUGUGCCGCUGAUCACGAACGUCAAGAACGCCAAGAUGCUCGCGGAGGCGCUCGUGAGGAAGCUGCCGCUCGACGUGUCGACGAUCGAUUCGAAGAGCUCGCACAUCACGCAUACUUUCCCUGGGCUCGUCAAUGUCGCGAGCUUCGUGCCCGACCUCACGCCCUCUGGUGCUGCCGCUGCCUUGCGCGACGCGACGACGGCGUCUAUCAGCGCGGGCUUUACGGCGUCGCUGGUUCUCCCUGUUGGUGUGAGUGGGGCGAUCACGGACGCCGAGACGCUGGAACAGGUGCGGCACAUCGCGACACAGAAUGCGUACUGCAACUACGCGCUGAGUAUUGCUGCGACGGACGACAACGUGAACUCGAUCGACGAGGAGAUCCGCGCGGACGUCAAGUCGCUCUUUAUCCCCUUCCGCUGCGGCACCGGCUCGCCGACCAAGAUCUCGACCGUUGCGGCGCACUUCGCGUCGUGGCCGUCGGACAAACUCAUCGUCGCGGACGCACAGGGCUCGGACCUCGCCUCGGUGCUGCUACUCGCGAGCCUGCACAAUCGGACGGUGCACAUCACGGACGUGCGGAGCGAGGAGGAUCUGCUCCUGAUCUCGCUCAGCAAGGCGAAGAACCUCAAGGUGACGUGCGACCUCUCGGUGUUCCUGCUGUUCUUCUCGAAGGAGCAGUUCCCCGAGUCGUCCUCGCUGGUGUCGGCGUCCGUGCAGAAGACGCUGUGGAAGAACCUGGACGCUGUCGAUGCAUUCUCUGUUGGCGCGACGCCGUUCAGGCUUGCGAGCGAGCUUGGGGAGUCUGCAUCUGCGUGGUCUGGCGCCGAGGAGACGCUGCCGCUGCUGUUGAACGCUGUUACUGAGGGUCGUUUGACGCUCGACGAUAUCCGUGCCCGCCUGCACGAUAAUCCGAUUCGCAUAUUUGGGCUUCCGGAACAGACGAACACGCACGUCGAGGUUGUCGUUGGCAGGCGGCAUGGGCUCGUUAGGAAAGCGUCCAACUGGUCGCCUUUGGACAAGACUGUCACCGGCUCGGUCCACCGUGUUGUCGUCCACGGCAAGACACUCUUCCUCGACGGUACUCUGUCGUCGACCUUGCCUCUGGCGAAGGACAUUUCGAGUGCGAGCAUCAGCCAUGGCGUGGCGGAUCGUCAGACCCCUGCCCUGGUGGUCUCAAAGCCCGAAUUCGUAUCACCGCUGCCACCUAUGUCCCAUCGCCCGUCUGCCGACGUCGCCAGCCAGCAUACGCUCGGGACUAGCACUACGCUCAUGCCACAGCCUGGCAACUUCCAGACGCUCACGCCGCACCCGGCCUUCCACCGCCGCCACAUUCUAUCCGUGAAGCAGUUCACGCAGCGGGACAUGUACGACCUCUUCUCGCUUGCGCACGAGAUGCGGCUGCAGGUCGAGCGCAACGGAACGCUGGACAUUCUGCGCGGGAAAGUGCUCUGCACGCUCUUCUACGAGCCGUCCACGCGGACGAGCGCGUCGUUCGACGCGGCGAUGAAGCGCUGCGGCGGGGAGGUUAUUCAGGUCACCGCGGACACGUCGUCCGUCAAGAAGGGCGAGACGCUCGCGGACACGAUCCGCACGGUCGGGUGCUAUGCGGACGCGAUCGCGAUCAGGCAUCCGGAUGUGGGCAGCUCGCAGCAUGCGGCGAAGUUUUCGCCUGUGCCGGUUUUGAACUGCGGUGAUGGGGUUGGGGAGCAUCCUACGCAGGCUCUCCUUGAUGUCUACACUAUCCGUUCUGAACUCGGAACCGUCAACGGCAAGACGAUCACGCUUCUUGGCGACCUGAAGAACGGGCGAACCGUGCACUCGCUCGUCACGCUUCUGUGCCACUACAGCGUGCGGCUCAACUUUGUGUCGCCCUCGUCGCUCGCGAUGCCCGCGAGCGUGAUCGCGGCGGUGCGCAAGGCGGGUGUGAGCGUGACGAUCACGGAGUCGCUCGAGGAGGUGCUGGGCGACACGGACGUGCUGUAUGUGACGCGGGUGCAGAAGGAGAGGUUCGAGAGCGAGCAGGCGUGGAUGCGCGUGCGGGACUCGUACCGCGUCGACCAUGCGCUGCUUGCGCGGGCGAAGGAGGAGAUGAUUGUGAUGCACCCGCUGCCGAGGGUUAAUGAAAUCGAUCCCGAGGUCGACUUCGACUCGAGGCGCGCUGUUUACUUCCGGCAGAUGCGUUAUGGACUUUUCAUUCGUAUGGCAUUGCUCGCCAGUGUCAUGGCUUAGAAUAGGGAACGAUGAGCAUGGACAUCUGAAAAGUACAUUAGUGUUUCCUUUGGAUUAAUUUGAUGGUCUACGGUGUAGAGAGUUUGCUGCAAUCAAAUGAUUUGCUACCUUCCC